CCCUGAAUGACUGAAACUAUUUACAUUUAAGGACGAUGAUGACAUUUAUGCCCCGUGCCUUUAAGAGUGAUGUAACGUCCACCAGAAGCCAUAAAAGUUGGGGACAUUUUAUCACCUGGCAGAAUCGAACCUCCACCUCACAUCGUCUCAGCUCCCAAAGCAACCAUGUCACCUUCCUGUUUCGUCCUCCUGCUGCUGCCUCUGAUCUCAGCUCAGACUGUCCGCUGGGGGCGCUGUCCCACUCCGCCUGUGCAGCCAGACUUCAAACUCCAGGAGUACAUGGGAAAGUGGUACGAGAUAGAGAAGAUCCCUGCUUACUUUUCUUAUGGGAAGUGCAUUGAAGCAAACUACUUGCUGAGAAAUGAUGGCACUGUCCUGGUGCGCAACUCUCAGGUCGUCAAUGGCACAAAGAUGGAGGUAGAGGGGACGGCUAAGCUUAUGGACCCUCGUGAACCAGCAAAACUUGGAGUCAGCUUUUCAAGAUUUAUUCCCUACAGGCCAUACUGGGUUCUAACCACCGACUACACCAAUUUUACCGUUGUGUAUUCCUGCACUGAAAUGUUUGGUGUGGGCCAUAUUCACUUUGCCUGGAUUUUGUCACGCUCGCCAUCCCUGCCUGAUGAGACUGUGCAGCGUUGCAAAGAGAUGUUGAUGAGAGAAGGAAUCCAUGUAGCUGCGAUGAAGCCCACGAAGCAGGACUGCGCUCCAGAGGAAGACCAUGACGGCAGUGGAGAAAAAGAGAACUAGAGAGCGAUUUGGCUUUUAUUUUAUACAUUUACCUGUCCAAAAACUUCAUACUUUGGUAUAUUUGUUGGUA